AUGCCAAACAUGACCGCAUCAAUCCGACCAGUCAUUGGCCCACGAAGGCCCGUCUACUGGUCGAUUGUCUACAAUAAGUUUCUCCCUACUCCUUCUCCGCCUCCAGUCAUGAAUCCUACCCGAUCUCUGGUGUCACAGAAGUCAUCCGACUCCGGGCUUCACAUCCAGCUCCACCCGCUCGUCCUGCUCACCGUCUCCGACCAAAUCACUCGACACCUUGCGCGGCAGCACACCGAGCCCGUGCUUGGCGGCCUUCUAGGCCAGCAAAAUGGAAGAGAGAUAACCCUGGAGCAUGCAUUCGAAUGCCCAGUGACGAUCAAUGAGCACAAUGAAAUCAUCAUGGUCGCAUCUUGGUUCGAAGAGCGCUUGCAGCAACUCAAGGAUGUGCACAAGAGCCCGGCCCUUGAGCUGGUCGGGUGGUGGGCAAUCGCUCCGCCAAGUGGGCCGACAGGCGCCUACCUCCCUCUCCACCAACAGAUCCUCCGAGACUACAAUGAAUCAGCUGUCUUCCUCGGUUUCCACCCACAAGACCAAGCAUCGGCCUCGAAUGGCGCAAAGCUACCCCUCGGCAUUUUCGAGAGUGUCUACGAAGCCGAGACUACCCCCGACGCAAAAGACAUGCAGGUUGAUGGCGAAGAAGGGAAGCUGAGCAUCAAGUUCCGUGAAUUACCAUACUCAGUGGAGACGGGAGAAUCAGAGAUGAUCGGCAUUGACACCAUUAACCGACCAAACGCGCACAUGCAAAAAAAAGACAAGCAGCGCUCCGAGACCGAGCUCUCUCAGGCGGACGAAGAAUUGGUUGCAAACCUUACCACCCGCUUGAACGCAGUGCGCACACUCGAGUCCCGCAUUUCGCUCAUCAAAUCAUAUCUCUCCAGCCUGGCACAUGCAGGACUUGGAUUACAAGACUCCGAAGAUGACAAGCAUACCAAGUUGUCCCACCCCAUUGUUCGCGAUGUGAAUUCCCUCCUCUCACACCUAUCCAUCCUGUCACCAGCGGAGCAAAGCUCUUUUACCACCGAGGUGAUCUCCCAAAGCAACGACGUGCAACUGAUCUCUUUGCUCGGUCAGCUCGGCGAAAGCGUCAAGAGCAUGCGAGAACUCGGCCGCCAAACUGCUAUCAUACAAGCGAGCAGCAAGGCAGCUAAAUCACGUCUGGAAUACCGCAUUGGUAUGCAGAUGGGUGGCGAGGACCGCAUUCCCGGUUCAAUGCCGGGUCCGUACUAA